CGUUCGCGGACGGUAGGUUGUUAAAGCGAUGAUACAACUAAAGAAUCGCUUGAGAUAUAGCUCGCUGGGUAUUUCUACUGCCAGGUUGAUCUCCUCCGGACCUGAAAAGAACUCCGUGGUGUUUCUGGACAUCGAGGCCGACGGUGAGCCUCUAGGACGGAUAACCAUCGAGCUGAAUUCAGAUAUUGUACCAAAGACCGCAGAAAACUUCAGAGCUCUGUGCACAGGGGAAUAUGGCUUUGGAUACAGAGGCUGCGUGUUUCACAGAGUUGUCCCGGACUUCAUGUGUCAGGGAGGAGAUUUCACUAACCACGACGGAACAGGAGGGAAGUCGAUAUACGGGAAGUCAUUUAAAGAUGAAAACUUCAAAUUAAAACACUCCGGACCAGGAACGCUGUCGAUGGCAAAUUCUGGACCAAACACAAACGGCUCGCAGUUCUUCAUCUGCACGACUAAAACAGAGUGGCUCGACGGUAAACACGUGGUGUUCGGGCAGGUAAAGAGCGGGAUGGACGUGGUCAUGAAGAUGCAGUCUUUUGGUUUACACGACGGGGGCGUGGUCAAGAAACUAGUCAUCGCUGAUUGCGGGGAGAUCAGAUAACUUCUGAAACCAGCUCAGUGUGCAAGAGUCUGAACAUUUCCUGUGUCUUCCUUUCCAUAUCUAUGCAUGGAUCAGUGGCCAUAGUAAAAUGUGAAAUAUUUGCACUUUUAAAACCGUUGCAUUGUCUGUUUGAAAAGAAAUCUGUCCCUGGAGAAAACACGGUUGUAAAGUGUUGAAUUAUUGGCUCACAGUUAUUGCACUUUAUUUUAUUUUUUUACUAUCACACACCUUUUUCAGUUUAUUGUGGCUAUCCCAGUGUUUUGUCCAGUUUUGGCUUAAAGUUUAACAAUUUUUAUAUUAUGUAGAAAAAUGUAUCUUUUUAAUCUUAAAUUUUAUGCAUCAUGCCGUUUAUUUAUUUAUUUUUUCUGUUCCACUGCCUGCCAAAUAACUGAGCGUUUGAAGGUUUUUUACGAGCUCCGGUUUGAAGACAGGACAUUUGCUCUCUUGUGCCACCAGCAAGCCCUGCUGGGUUUUAAAAAACGCUUCCUGGAAACCAUCCAGCAGCUUAUUUUAGCCCCACGCUCCAGUGCAAAGGACUUCCUGUCCAUCAGAGCAGGAUGUCACAUCCACCUACAUGAAUCCAGCCAACAGAUGAUGCACAUGUGGCCCUAUAGGCUCCGUCAGCGCAGAUGAUUUAAACUCUGGAAAUCCACACAGGAACCUGAAAAUGUCUUUAGUUUUGCACGUAGGCUUUUUUUCUUCCAUUUUUUUUCUGGUUCUUUCCUGGAAACUCUGAGCAUCUUGAAGGGAGCGAGCAGAGGGCCGGGGGGCACGUCCGAAGGCCAAGGAGUGGGUGGUGCUGCUUAUCAUUCUAAUACUUUAUGGAGCGCUGUGAAAAGAGGCAGCUCAUGCCCCUAAAUGAAAGCAUAUGAGUCCUGACCUUCCAUCGUUUGUUUGAAUUCUCGGAUUACAUCGUUGCUAUAACGACUUUUUUUUUUUUCAGCUCGCACUCAGUUUGAGCUCGAGAUGUUGUAACAAAACUUGAUAUAAUUUGGGUCCACACCCUCUCGUUUGGUUUUAGUUAUUUGGACUCCAUGUCCAACGCUGUAGCAUGGAAACUUGGCCGGAAAACGACAGCGGCGCUGCGGCCAGAGUUACACACGUUAAAAACGACGACAUCUUUACUGCUGCUACGAGCUUUUUGUUAUAAUUUUUUUUUCUUUAAAACGUCUUCGUUCAUCAACUGACACUCAUGUCAACUGGUGUCCUUUUUUUUAUGUUUUGGUGUUUCUGUCCCACAGUUGGGACUGAAAAGUGUUGAAAUGAAGGUCUGGCAGCUUUAUGUGUUUGUUAUCUUUCAGCACGUUCAGGGAAUGUGAGGGGGGGGAAAUUUUUUUACAUGGCUCUCCCUCCCUUCUGUGUUACACAAUCUGCAUGGAUAACCCAUUCUUUAAUCGUCUGUAGGGUCAGUUUUGUGGGACUUUAAGAUUACAUUAAAAGAUUUACCCUUUAAAAGAAAAACUCCACAGGCAGUGGAGAGAAACACUGAGCAGUUUUUUUGGCUGAAAUCAGACAAGAGAGAACAAAACAAAUGACGCCACACGUUCUGCGCAGUAAUAAUUCCAUUAAACUUUUUUUUAUUAUUAUUAUUAUUCACCAAACUCUCAACAGCACUAAAAAGAUUUCCCAUCUAACAAAUAAUAAGGCACAUUUUGGAAUGCCGUUUCAUGGACAUGAAAAACAGACCUGUGGUGAACUCUCUAAGCCCCGCCCCCUCCCAUCCCCACAUCUUUGUUUCCCAAAAAUCAGUUUGCCUCACGUCUGAGUUCAGUCCAAUUCAAACCGUUACACAAUUGCAGUAAUGCACGACAAACAUCUCAAAAGAUACACAGAAAGAAAAGAAACUUUCCAACUUGACCACAGAAGUGUUAACAUAUUACAGUCAUAUAGGUGUUACUCGUAGGGGGCUACACUCGUAGUAAAAUGAAACACUUUUAGGACUAAUACAAGCCGCUUAUGAUGACGUUAAAAAACAAUAGCUACUGUAGCCAACUUAAGGAUUUAAAUAGGUAUACAUUGCACAAAAAAACAACAAAAUAUAUAUCAUUCAAACACAUGCACAUGCAAACUCUAAAACAGUUCUUUGUCACACGCUUUCCUGACAAAAGUAUACACGUCCUAAUCUACGUCUAACGUUUUAAAAUAGUUCCUUGUCAAGGCUGCUUUAGGCAAACUACAUCUCACAGUUUAAUGUGCAGUGGUGCGGAUCCAUCACAAGUUAUAAUAAUAUAAAAAAAAAGUAUUUCUGCAUGUUAACACAAUAUAUUUCCUUACUUGUUUACAAAACGAAUACAUGCGACUGUAUGGAUGUAAAUGGCAGCAAAUAGUUAGUCACAUAGCAACUAGAAGAAAAAAAAAAGAAACAAAACAUGGGUUAUUUAACACUGAUAAUAAAACUGGAAAAAUACAAUAAAUGAGAGGGUAUUCAUUAUGUACCAGUUUUAUAUAUAUAUAUAUAUUUAUAUUUAUAAUACUCUAUGUCGACAUCAAUAUUUCCUUCCUUAGUGUAACUGUUGCAUAUUCUAUACAAAAAAAGUGAUGGAAAAAAAGUCUUUCCAUAAAUAUUUCUGCAGGAUAACCCUUCAGAUAUUUGUAAAACGAAGACAAAACAACUCCCAGCUUUGAUUAUUUCUCAGCAAUAGGCCCUUCUUCAUAGACGAGAGAGAGAGAGAGAGA